GUGAUUACUUGUAACACUGCCUACCAUAAUAUUUAAAGAUUUAAUUAUUUUUGUUCUUUCUUCUCUGGUGUCACAUACUGCGGAAGGAGAAGCCCUGGCCACAGUUCACCAGUAACAUCUGUGUUUCCCUUACCGUGUAUGGAGCUGUCAGUGCUGUGGAGCUGCUGUGCUGGCCCUGGUACACAGGCUGGUGAGUUUCCACUCUUAGAACUGACAGAGGAAAUAACAGCCUCAUGUUGGUCUUCUCGGUGGUGCAAUUAACAUUCACUAUUGUUGAAGUAAAACAUCAUUAGGAGGAAAGAAGAUACCUGUGGCACUCUGGAAAGGACAAGCAUCUGGAUACAGUUGACAGUUUUCUGCAGGACCACAGGAACAAUGCUCAGAUGGACCUUUCAAAACUUGUGUCCUGUCUGCAAGUGAAACUGGUCUUGCCACUGGUUCUGGAUAGGAUGAAAUAUUUACAGAGAAGUAGGGGAUGCUGCCAGUUCUUUUCUCACCAUUCCGGCACUGCUCAGCUUCACAAAAGCGGAUCCCGUCAGGAACACAUAUGAAUGAGUGGAUGUGGGGAACGCCAUCCUGCAAUUUAGAGCAGACAUCUUGGCUCACUGUUCCCAGUCAUUUGACCAGCUUGCAGCGUGUGCUGCAAAUAGCAACUAGCCACUCGGGGCUCGCCCUGCGCAGCCGGGAAAGCAAAAUGCCGGCGGGAUCUGCUUGGUGCCAGCCUGCUCUGCUCUUACUCCUCUCCUGCGUGCCCCUGUGGGCCGCUGGGAUUUCCUGCAGGAAUGAAGAUGGGGAGACAGUGGACUGGUUUGCUCUUUACAAGCUGCCAAAGCAUGCCAAAGGACAGAUUCCCCUGCUGGGCCUGGAAUACCUGUACAUGGAUGCUCUGACUCCACAGUGGCAGCUUGGUAAACACCUCAUCAACAUGAGCCAGGGUGCUCUGGGACAAACACUGCAGCAGCUCUAUGAGACAUACGAAUCCAAGAGGAACACCACUGCAUAUGCAAUAUACAACGAUGAGAUCCCUGAAUCAGACUCCAAAGGAUCAAAAUGUGGACACACCAAAGGAUUUCUGCUCUUGGAUAAAUCACAAGGCUUCUGGGUGAUUCACAGUGUGCCCCUGUUCCCUCCCAGCCCUGAGGAUGGUUAUGGAUAUCCAUCUACUGGGGAGUCCUUUGGACAGACAGCCAUCUGUAUAACCUUCAAAUAUGAUCAGUUCACAGAAAUAGACCAACAGAUGUUGAGUUAUAAUCCAGGAAUCUACAGCUGUUCCAUCCCUGACAUCUUCCAAGCUGAUCUCCCAAAUCUCCAGAAACUCUGUGCCAAGUCCAGGCUGCCCUCGCCCCCCUUGCACCGCCUCUCCAAGCUCCAGUCAGCUCAGGGGGAAACCUUUCUCCACUUUGCAAAGUCACACUUGUUCAUAGAUGAUAUCUACGUGGCCUGGAUGGCUCAGGAACUGAAGACUGAUUUGUUGGCUGAAUCCUGGCAGCGUUCUGGCGAAAAGCUUUACUCAAAUUGCUCUCUCGACUACCACGUCUACAACAUAAACAUAAUAGGGAUGCCUUUGAACUCCACCUUCCAUUCCAUUAAUGAUCAUUCCAAAUGGGCUGUUUCAAGGAAAUACAAAGAUCAGUGGACAUGCAUUGGGGACUUGAACCGUGCUGCUGAGCAAGCUUGGAGAAGUGGUGGGUUCAUCUGUACCCAGAAUGAACAGAUCUACAAAGCCUUCAGGCAUUUGAUAAUCCACUAUGAAAGCUGCACUUCUGCUCCCAGAGACCUCUAACAAACAUUCCUUCCAACCAGCACAGCCCUUGUUACAUGGGAAGUGUAGGAAAUCUCUCUCUCUCUGAACUGUAUUUUCACUCUGAAAAGCAGCCCUGUGAGUUUCCAGAUAUGCUAGGCCAUCCUCUUGUUAGCUGUAGGAGCAGGUGAAGGGCAGCUGCUUUCCUGUGCUGUGGGGCCCUCAGGGGGUGUGUGCUGGGCCCUGCUCUGCUCCCUGGCCUCCCUGGAUGGCAUGGCAUGGCAUGGCAUGGCAGGGACACUGCUGCACGGGGCUGCACCAAAGCACAUCUCUGUGCACACCCUGACGGGCAUCCCUGGGCACCUUGGGAGUGGGGCUGGGCCUGGGAUGGGAGGGACAACAGAAACCUCUCCCUUGAACUGGGCUGUCAGCACUGGCAGGUAGCAAGGGAUAAGCACCCCCAAGAACUUCAGAACUGCCCUGGAUUUCUGGCACUGUUGAGAUAAAUCACAGCAUUUCUGCUCAGCUUGGGCUGAAUCUCUAAAAGAGCUGAGAAAAUUAGACCCAGACAGGGAGAUGAGUAGAUCUGAGGACAGGAAGGCCUCAUUUUUACAUGAUUCAUUUUUAGAAAAUUAAUGAACUUUAAAUCAUCUUCAAAUUAUCUGUAACCAAUAGCUUGGAAAUAUUUCUAGUGCUUCUAUUAAUGUACAGCAAUUUUAUAAACAAAUAAACAUGUUCCAAAUAUGAAUAAGCAAAACAAGGAGUAACAAUAGUCUGUUUGCGUUCUCCCUUUCCCAUCUGUAUAGUUAUUUGUGGUUGGUUAAAAUGUUUUAUGGCUGCCAAAGGAAAAAUGAAGACAAUUAGGAAAAAUUAUAAAGAGAAGAAUAUAUUUGAAGAAAGAUGUUAUUUAACCUACAUUUUCACAUUACAACAAAGAUGGCUGUAAUUUUCAAUAUCUCUACUCUCAGGCUUAGGAGCUGAAGUUUUCAGUCUUGCUAUAAAGACAAAGCUGAUUUGCAAACUCCCAAUACACUCUUGUGUUCAGAUUUCAGAAGUGUAUCUGUGUUUAAUAUGUUCCUAAAUAUAUUUCUAUGUUUCUGUCUCUUCUUUUCCUGA